AUGAGAGCACCAGGUUGUGAAGCCUCCUUCCAAACCAAGCAGAUUGUAUCCGCGAUACCAGCAGAACUACCCCCAAAGAAACGUGGUUUGGAGAGGGAGGAGGAAAUCCUUGAUGAGCCACCAGAAAGAAAUAACCUCAGACCAGAAUUCAACUCCUCUGAAAUACAAAUAACACCACAAAAUGUUCCUCAGGGAAAAGCCUUGAGUGAUCAAGUACCACCAGAAAAACACCAGUCUGAUCCAUCUUUUGGUUUAUUUUUACACCUUAACGAAGGUGAAAAUGGAGAGCCUUCGGAACAACCCCCUCGCUCUCCUCCCCCAAUGUCUCGACAUCCCAUAGCCUGCAAGUUCUGUGGCCAGCAAUUUUCUAGUACACAGGCACUUGGUGGCCACCAAAAUGCACAUAAGCAAGAGAGGGAGAUGCAAAAGGCUAUGAAAGCAGCAAAUGAAUAUGGCACAACUCCUAUCAUUUACAAUCUGCCAGGCACAAAGCCACCUUUGUUGCAUGGAUCCUAUUAUGGACAUCAGUUUCAGUAUCCUCCUUACCAUGGAUAUGCCUAUAGAGGAUGGCAGCCAAGGCCUAUUUACUCGACCCCCCGCAUGGGACUUCUCCGCAGCCCACCUGGUUUUGCUCGGACCCUAAGUGGAUUCAUUGGACCUUCCUCGAUAAAACCUCUCAAUCCUGCAUAUCACCCUGCAUAUGCUUUAGGUCCUAUAAGAAGGCCACUGCUAGGCUCCACAAAUUUUGAUCCUUCUUUUGCUUCUAACUUGACAAAUUUUCUGCAGGUGAAUGAGAAUGAGGGUGGACCCACCAAGAAACAAUGUGUAGAAUCAACAGGCCUCAACUUGUCAUUGAGGAGAGAUGAAUCUGUACAAGUUGAUUUGCAACCUAAACAGCAAAAAUCUUCAGCAGUUCCUUCACCAAUGGACCCCAAUGAACCCACCAAGCUUGAUCUCACCCUGAAGCUUUAA